AUGGCUCGCCAUCUAAGCCAUUUAAGAUGGAAAAAGGUCUACGACAGGGUGAUCCACUGUCUCCUUUUUCUGUUUGUACUUGUCGUUGAUGUUCUACAUAGGAUGUUUGGGGAGGCGAUAAGAAAUGGGCGCAUCUCGCCGUUAUUGGUGGGUAGAGAUCACAUUGAGUUGUCACAUCUUCAGUUUGCGAACGAUACUAUUCUGUUCUGCCCGCCUGAGGAAGAGACCAUUAAGAAUUACAGGAGGAUCCUUUGGUGUUUUGAGUUAAUGGCGGAACUGAGUAUUAAUUUUGAUAAAUCUAUCUUGAUUCUUAUUAAUUGUGAUGAUCAGUGGGUACAGCGUAUGUGUAGAGUGCUAGGCUAUAAGGUAGCCUCUCUUCCAGUGAAAUACUUGGGGAUCUCGCUAGGUACAAACCCGAGGCUGGUGAAGACUUGGAAGCUCAUUAUAGAAAAAGUGGAGGAGAAGCUGAGGAUAUGGAAAGCCAAGGUCCUCAAUAAAGCCGAUAAGUUUGUACUCAUUAAAUUUGUAUUGAACAACCUCCCUGUCUAUUAUUUGAGUUUAUAUAAAAUGCCAAAGGCUGUUAUGGAGAGAUUGAUUUCCUUACAGAGAAGAUUUAUAUAG